AAUGUUAUUGAAACCCAAUGUUUAAAUCGCGAGUUCCGCGUGUGAUUGUUUUACGGCCAAUUUGAAUUUCGCGCGCGUUAGUUUGAGAUGCGCCCUCUUUUCCGCUCCGGAGUUGUGACGUCAGCGCUUUCGCCUUUUUUGUAUCUUUGAGAAAUGUCCUUGCGGACCUUUCGUCUUUUUCGUGGGAGUUUCUCCCUUUCGUGCUCAUGUUUAGGCCAAGAGCAUUUAUAAACGAGGUAAAUGAUGAUGUAUAGAUCUCCCAUGCCCCAUUUGAGUAAUCGUUGUAAGCUGUGGACCCGAGAAUUUGGGCCUGUAUUGGUCGCUGUUUGUGCUCUGUCAGGCUGUUGCGAGCGCACCUCGGUGCAUGUGUCCGUGUACAGGCAGUGCAUUGUAGGUGUACUAAUGUAUGUGGAGGACGUCUCCUGGGUGAUCUCACAGCAGCGUAUUGAUUUCUCAGUGCUAAGUGAAGACAUUUUUGUAAGACCAUUUGCAUUCUUGUAUUUCCAGAAACAAUUCAAUUUGAUGAUUCAACAACAAAGAUUUAUCAAAAGUUACUCGGCUCUUGGUUUAUUUCCUGAUCCUGUCUGAAGCCAUACCCGCACCACAGUUUCUCGUUUUGUACGUCUACGACCCGACUGGUGAGAUGGCUCUCGAGGAGCUCAAGACAAAGAGAAAGUCGUUGAGAGGACGGUGCACCCGCACCAUCAAUCGGUUAAAAGAGGCUAUUAACAACGACACCGUGACGUUACUACGCCUGGAAAAUGAACUGGAUGCCUUAGGAAAAGAUUUUCGUGAGGCAUGCGAUAUCAAUACCUCAAUGAUAUCACUGGUGGAUGAGACAUCCACUGACGCAGGCAAUUUCAUUCAUUGGGAGGCAGAUCUUAUCGACUCCUAUUACAACUUCCUUGACGAAGCCUCUGAACAUCGAAAGAAGAAAGAAAAGCCGAAGACUGCUCCAACGUUGACCUCUGCACCUGUAGCAGGGACCAGCACAGGUACUGUUACUAGUUUCGGUGCAGCGGCAGUAACAUCAUCGAGUCCUGCAACUUCGACUUCCGUGCCCACCCUGGGGCUUCCUGUCUCUGCCGCCAUGCCUCGUGGUGCUGGUAGCACACUGACUCCUGCUACGUUGCCGACCUCCAGUGUGCCGAUAUCGUUGGCUCACCACCCUCUGAUAAUGAGUUCGACAGUGUCCUCGAUGCCGUCUCCCGUCUUCGCCACAUCGGUGGAUCCGGUUCCAGCCUUCGACUCAUGGAUCGACGAGUUGGUGGAGUUUCGUGAAACCGUCCUGCCAAGUAGUUCUGUGGACUUGACCGUCGCCGCGGCAUUAUAUCGGAUCGAAGCCGGUCGAGACAUCCCAACCCUAAAGUUGAAGUCGUUCAGUGGUUUACAGCGACUACAGUACUUUGCCGAUGUGAAUGCCGUCACAACUCUUCGCCUUGUCGUCCAGCGCCUCCCAGACUACUUGAUUGACCGGUGGCAAGACGCAGUUGCCAGAAUCCGUGAAAGAGACCCCACGCGUGCGCCGACCAUCUUGGACCUGUCUGAAUUCCUGCGCAAGAAAGUCCGGGCAAAAUGCGACCCAGAUUUCGGUGACCUACGCUCGACAGAGACCAAGGGUAAUUAUGGUAGCAACAGUGGCAAUAGUGGCAGUGGUAAGCAUGACAGGCGCUCCUUUGCUGCACAGGCAGUGAGGGACAAAGUUUUAGAAUGCUAUAUUUGCUCGGAGCCACACAAGGUUCCCGAGUGCCCCACCUUUGUCAGCAAUUCAAUCUCUGAGCGUCAGAAUCUUGCUAAGACUCAUAACCUGUGUUAUUCCUGCCUCAUCAAGGGCCAUCGUUCACAGGAUUGUAGGGGGAAGAGAAAGUGUGGGAAAGGUGGCUGCACUAGGUGGCAUCAUGUCUUGCUUCAUGUAGAUUCCCCACCUCCCGGUCCUCGGCCAGAUCCUCCUGCUACAGAUUCUUCCAGGCCUACUGUUGGUGUCGCCAAGGCUGCUCUUGACAAAGGUGGCAUCUUGCCUGUGGUUAGAGUUUUGUUCAGGUCUGAGAAUGGCAGGGUGAAGGAGGGCAAUGUUUUGCUGGAUUCAGGGUCGACCACCAAUAUUGUGCGGAGUGAUUUUGCUAAGGGAUUAGGCCUACAAGGUAGAAUUGAGCCUGUUGAGGUUUUGGUGGUUGGUGGUUCCCCACAUAGUCAACAGAACAGUCGUAGAUUGAAAUUCUGGCUUUCCCACUUGGAUGGGGGAGAAGAGCAUCUGGUCGAGGCCCAUGAGAUGGAUUGCACUGUAUCCGGGGUUCCUCCCUUGAAUGAGGACUAUUUGUGCUCUUUCUCCCAUCUCAGUGAUCUGGACUUGUCUCAUCCUGGGGGUCCAAUUGAUCUCAUCCUGGGGGUUCAGUAUAGUCACCUACACUCUGAAGAGGAAGUUAGGCGAGGCUUGGAUUUUGAACCUGUUGCAAAACGAGUCCCACUUGGAUGGUAUGUCAUAGGGGCUGAAGGAAAGGCUCCUAAGCGGGUGUCAGUCAAUCUUGUCAGAAAACUUGCCCCGUCUAUGUCCGACCUGUAUGAUCUUGAAGUGUUGGGAGUUAGAGCCCCAAGCUGUUCUUGUCCCAUUGAGCCCAUGUCAUCAGAAGACCGUAAGGCUCUGGAGCUUCUGGAAAGCUCUGUCAGCCAUGAUGGCGAUCGCUACAUGAUCGGUCUGCCUUGGAGAAGAGAUCCUUGUCUCUUGCCUGACAACUACAGUCUUGCUGAGAAAAGACUGUACUCCCUUGAGAAGAGCUUGUCCCGAGACUCUGACAAAGCCUCUUUGUACAAUCAUGCUGUGCAAGAAUACCUUGACAAGGGUUGGGCUGUCAAGGCAGGGCCCCGAGAGACUGACAAGAGACCGUUAUAUUACCUUCCACACCAUGGGGUGUACCGUCCUGAUAAGCCCAGCACCCCACUGAGGAUUGUCUUUGAUCCAGCGUCUAGGUUCCAAGGUGUCUCCCUGAAUUCCUUCCUUUACAAGGGACCCAACUUGAUUGGCAAUUUGUUGGGGGUGCUGCUCAGGUUCCGUGAGGACUUGAUCGCUAUUGUGGGGGAUAUCUCCAAAAUGUUCUUGCAGAUAAGACUAAAACCUGAAGACACCGAAGUUCAUCGUUUCCUAUGGAGGAAUCUAGAUGACACGAGAGAGCCAGAGAUCUACAAACUUACCAGGGUGGCCUUUGGUGACAAGUCUUCCCCUGAUAUGGCAAGCCUGGUGAUGCUGAAGAUCGCGGAACGCCACGAGACAUCCCACCCCGAUGCAGCCCAGAUCCUGAAGCGAGACCGGUAUAUGGAUGAUUUGAUCCAUUCGUGCGAACAGACGAGCCAGGCCAAGGGCAGGAUGGGUGAUCUGGACGAGAUCCUGGACACUGGGAAGUUUGGAAUCAAGAUCUGGUAUAGUAACUUGGCUGGUAGGGAGUCAAUGAGUCAGAAGUCUGAGGCAUGUGUUGGUGAGUCUGUUGACUUCGGAGGUGGUGGUGAUAGCGUCAAGACUCUUGGUGUCUCCUGGAAUCAUAAGUCUGAUAUGAUUCAUUUCCGGGUCAAGGACCCCCCUUCUGAGUCUCUGACGAAGAGGUUGGUGCUGUCAUACAUGUCUACCCUGUUUGAUCCUCUUGGUCUGGCGACCCCUGUCACGGUCACAGCCAAGAUUGCUAUGCAAGAUAUCUGGAGAAUCAAGGAACUUGGUUGGGACACCAAUCUACCACCGGACCAGGUAAAGAGGUGGAGCAAGAUUUUCGCGGAUUUCAAGCGGCUAGAAACGUCUGUUGUCAUCCCCAGGUCUGUCAAGCCUGUAGACGCGUUGGGACAACCCCAACUUCAUGUGUUUGUUGACGCCAGCCUGCAUGCAUAUGGUGCCUGCGGCUACAUGUUGUGGCCAAUGCCAGAUGGCAUUAGUGUCCGUCUGUACUCGUCAAAGGCAAGGGUGGCCCCGCUACACCAGACUACGGUGCCGCGCCUUGAGUUGAUGGCGGCUCUCAUUGGUUCCCGUCUUGCCAAGACCAUCCAUACUGAGUUGCGCACCAAGCCUGAUGUUCAUUUGUGGUCUGAUUCUCAGAUAGUUCUUCAUUGGGUGAAGUCUGAGUCGCUCUCUUUGAAACAAUUUGUUGGCGUACGCGUUGCUGAGAUUCAGUCCACCUGGGAUCCCUCGUUAUGGAAGUAUGUGCCCACAGCCCUAAAUCCAGCAGAUGAUCUUACCAGAGGACUCAGGCCAGAUGAGAUGACAGGUCGUUGGAUUGAAGGACCGGAUUUCCUGAAAAGGGGAGAGAUGCAUUGGCCAGACCAGACAUCACUGAAGUUAGCUGAUGUGGAUAGCGAGAAGAAACCAGACCGAGAAUUUCCCAAGAUGUCUUCAGCGGUUGUGAAGAUUGUCCCACCGAUCAAGAGCUACGCCUAUUCGAGUUGGCCCAGACUCAUCACGGUGACAGCCCUUUGUCUUCGCUUCAUUGGGAAUCUCAAGGCCAACGUCAAGAAAGAAGAUGGAAAGACUGGAGAGCUCGAACCGGGGGAACGCGAGAAAGCUGAGAAAUACUGGAUCUCUACUGCCCAGGAGGAGUUGACUGACUGGCAUACACGCUGCAAGGACCUCGCCCCCUUUCGAGACAGUGAGGGAAUGCUCAGGGUUGGGGGUCGUCUUCGCAAGUCCCCUCUGUCCUAUGAUGAAAACCAUCCCUUUCUCCUUCCCUCUUUGAACCACAUUUCCAAGUUGUUGAUGAGAGAUGUCCAUUGGAAGAAUGGUCAUUGUGGGUGUGAGAGUACACUGUGUCAUAGUCGCCGCAAGUAUUGGUUUGUGAAGGGUCGGACCAUGGCACGUCUGAUAGUUCGAGACUGUGUUGUCUGCAGGAAGUGUAGGAAAUCUCCCCUGGUCCCUUGGAUGGCAGACCUUCCUUUGGAACGUCUUCAGUUGUUUGCUCCUGUCUACAGUACAACUGGCUUGGACCUGUUUGGUCCCUUUCUCUUGAAGUGUGGGCGUAAUAAGGUGACAAAGGCCUGGGGGGCUAUCUUCACCUGUGCUACUGUCAGAGCGAUUCACCUUGAGAUUGUGGAAAACCUGUCCACCCAAGCCUUCCUUCAUGCAUUGAGAAGGUUUGUCUCCCAUCAUGGGUGGCCUUCAACCAUUAUUUCUGAUAAUGGAAGUUCAUUUGUCAGCACCGAGAAAGAGUUAAAAAAACUUGUGGAGGAGGGGCGUAAGCAAUUCGAGGGUUUUGCUGCCCUCCACAAGGUGAAGUGGCGUUUCAUCACCCCGCUGAGUCCCAACCAGGGUGGGUUUUAUGAAUCACUCAUCAAGUUGGUCAAGAAAGGUCUGAAGUUAGUGGUUGGUCCUCAGAAUCUAACUUGGAACGAGAUGAGUACUGUGUUCGCAGAAGUUCAGAACUUGGUCAAUUCUAGGCCGCUGGGUUACAGUUCAAAUGACCCAAACGACUUGCAACCCCUGACUCCUAAUCACUUUCUUCUUGGUAGGGCGUCAGCCGAGACUCCUCAGGGACCGUUUGCAGUCACCAAAAAUCUCCACAAGAGAUUCGAGUUUGCCCAGGCUUUGGUCAACCAGUUCUGGUUGAGGUUCAUUCGGGAAUACCUACCCACCUUACAGAAAAGGUCCAAGUGGCUCGCCAAGGGGCGUAAGGUGCGUCCCGGUGAUGUUGUCCUGCUUGUCGAUCCCAGUGCAGUGCGUGGUCAGUGGGAAUUAGGCCGAAUCGAGGAGACCUACCCAGGGGAUGAUGGGGAGGUCAGGAAUGUGAAGGUCAAGGUGAAAUCUGGGUUCAGGACAAGGUCUGUCCAGAGGUGUGUGCCAGUCCUGGAGCCCGAUGAUGAUGUUUCUUCCGCUGUUGAAGACGUUGACUCUGACCAUGAGACUGGGGAUGGGGACAGAGACGACGGGAGUGAGGCGUGUUAG